AUGUCUACUGACGAAGAAUUACGCUCUAUGGCCGAAGAAGUAAGCGCUGUUUUUACUGAUAAAGCAUUAAACGAAAUACUUAUUGAUUUAGCCAGGACGCGUAGCGCUGCAGUAACGAUGAACAGAAUACUGGAUGGGGAGUUUUUGAAGGGAACGUCUCUCGAUCCAUCUUUGUAUUUCGGUGGUGGAUCAAGCAUAGAUUUGCUGCAACAGCCCAGCAAUUCAAACAAUCCGGAAAUUAUUUGCAUCGACGACGAUGACGAGGAUCAAUCGACAGGCAUUCAUAACGACAGCGUUCAGAUUAAUCAAAGCUAUUUACAAGGAAACCAUGGUAAUACGAGCUGGAAUCAGAACAAGGUGGAUGACCUGAUGUCCCAGAUUAGCAACAUAGAGUCUGCUAUUAACAAUGUCCAGCUAAUGGCAGCGAGCAGUGCUCGAAGCGUCCCAAGAGGUACUGCUCGAUCAGCCAGGGAAACAAAAAAGUUGAUAAAGGAACGUGAAAAAGAAGAGAAAAGAUUGGAGCGAUUACAACAGAAAGCAGAACGUGAUGCAGAGAAGCAACGAAUAAAAGAGUUGAGACAAGCCAACAAGCUGAAAACCGAUAAACAGGAAAUGAUGCGUGAAAUGAUUGUCGAAAUGGAAUCCUCUUUUCUUGAUAGCCCGAUCGGUCGACUCAUCAAAAGUAUUCUUCUAGAGAAGCAAGUCACCAUCCAAUCUUUGAAUUACCCAACUCCUAAUAUAAUUACUUGGAGUAGACGCGUGACCACUCGAUAUGAUCCCAUCAUUGAAGCAUAUACCCCUAUUCUGGAGAAAAUAGAACAAGAGUCUCACGUGUUGGUGUAUCAACCAAUGCAAUCGUUCGCGAAAAUGGUCUCUGAUGCAACUCUUCACGCGUUUUGCAAUGGGCUACAAAGGUCAUUUGCAAAUAAAAAAUUACUGCUGCUUAUUGAAGGCAUGGACGAUUACAUGAAGAAAAGUGCCAAAAAGCGUAAUCGUGAAUUUGCAGAUGCAGUCCGGAAUGCUAUGGGAACAGAUGAAAAUACACCCAGUAGAAGAAGAAAGCGUAGCGUUGACGUGCGAAUAGAUGAGGCACUUGUCCAGGAAGAGUUGAUUUGGUUGCAAUUGGUUGCAAGAUGUCUUGUUAUCCACACUAAAAAUGAAAAGGAAACGGCCGAAAUGGUUGGAAUAUUAACUACCGAUAUUGCCACAAUUCCAUACAAGAAUAAGAAUCUUGAUCUGAAUGUCUGUAUCGAAGGUCAAGUUCGUGCUGGCACUGAUAGUCGUGAUGCUUGGAUACGCAUGCUCGAAGAAAUUCAACUUGUCACUCAUCCGGUCGCGAGUUCCAUUGUAGAGAGAUAUCCCACUGUUAGUUGUCUUUAUGAUGCGUAUCGUCAAUGUAAUACGCACGAGCAGAGGGAAUUAUUGUUGGCUGAUAUCGAAGUUCCUACGGUUGGACUGAGUCGUCGCUUUCGUACAGUUGGGCCAGCAUUGUCAAAGAGGAUACAUCAGAUAUUCACAGAAGAUGAUUCAGAUAUAUUGAUCGCGUAA